AUGGCUAGCAAGACAUUGUCCGACUCCUUCACUUUUUUGCCUCAAGGGGCUAUCAUCCAGGAGUUCAAGAUCGGUGGUAAGAACAUCGUUCUUGGGUUCCCGUCCGCGUCGUCAUACAAGACCAAGCACAAUCCUUUCUUUGGCGAAACGAUAGGGCGGGUAGCAAACCGUGUAUCUGGAGCCAAGAUCAACAGCUUGAAUGGGAAGAGUUACAGUUUGGCCGCAAACAACGGACCGAACAGCUUGCACGGUGGUGCAGAAGGAUGGGGAAAGAAGGACUUCGACGGACCUACACCGGUCAAUCGCAACGGUAAAGAGUCUGUACUGUUCAAGUAUCUUAGUAAGGAUGGCGAAGAAGGCUACCCAGGAACUGUAGAGCUUAGGGUAUGGUACCUUACAGGAGUAGAGAAGGAUGAGGGCGUGGAGAAGACGAGCUUGGAGAUCGAGUACGAGGUGGAGUUGGUUGGUGAUGAAGUUGAGGAGACUGCGGUGAACGUGACGAACCAUAGUUACUUCAACAUCUCUGAUGGUCCGACCAUUGAAGGGACCAAGGUCAUCAUCUCGACAGAUCUACACCAAGUCACCGACGAGCAGGAUAUCCCUACGGGUAAGAUCGAGCCGUUCCCGGGUAUUACAGCCAACCAAGAGUUCACCCUUGGCGCCAAAGAACCCGACCCCGAUCAUUGCUUCAUCAUGAAUCCCGACCCAGCUUCUGUUCCUCUGGACACCCGUAAGGAGCCACUCAAAAGAUUGAUCAAGCUGUAUCACCCGAACACAAAGAUCCACUUCGAGGCACUCAGCACGGAGCCCGCCUUCCAAUUCUACACGGGGCGCCAUAUCCAGGUCCCUGCCAUGGACGGCAUGCCUGCACGCGGUCCUCGGAGCGGACUGUGCCUGGAGGCAAGCCGCUAUGUGGACGCAAUCAACAAUGAGGAGCUAAGGCACAUGGUGGUCCUCAAGAAGGGUCAGACUUGGGGCAGCCGUACAAUAUGGCGAGGGUGGCGUGAGACUUAG